CUUAUCCGUUGCCAGAAACAGACCAUUUCUUUCGAUAAUUUAACCUACAGCUCCUGCACUGCAAAACUUGCAAUGCAUUCCAAGCUCAUCACCAUGAAUCGGCAGCGGCCGCUGCACUUCCUGGUGGUUACCUACCCGGUCCAAGGGCACAUCAAUCCCGCCAUCCACCUCGCCAACCGCCUCAUUCAGAUUGCCGGCGCUCGCAUCACCUUCUCCACCGCUGUCUCUGCCCACCGUCGCAUGUUCCCAUCCUCUGCCACCCCCGACCAAGAAGUAGAAGACGGCCUCAUCUCCUACAUCCCCUUCUCGGACGGCUACGAUGCCGGAUUCCACGGUUACCAUAGCAGACCCGAAGUCGAUCACUUCAUGAGCCGAUCAAAGCACAUCGCGUCGGAAAACCUCUCCAGCCUCGUUGCCCGUCUCACUGCUCGUGGCCGCCCCGUCACGUUCGUCAUCUACACCCUCUUCUCGCCAUGGGUAGCCGGUGUGGCACGCGAUCACGGCAUCCCCUCCAUACUCUACUGGAUCCAGUCCGCCACCGUGUUUGCCAUCUACUUCCACUAUUUCCACGGCUACGACGGUCUCGUCGCAGCCCAUCGGAGCGAACCACUCUUUACGGUGAGAUUACCGGGGCUGCGGCCAUUCCAUAUUCGAGACCUCCCGUCCCUCCUCACCAUCUCCGCCGACGAUCUGCUCUACUCUAGCCUCACCACCGUCCGAGAGGUGUUUGCAGCGGCUGAGAGCGAGAAAGCCUGGCCCCGGCCAACAGUGCUGGUGAACAGCUUUGACACAUUGGAGGUCGAUGGACUCGCCGCCGUCGAUGAUGAAGUGAACGUCAUUACGGUAGGCCCACUGCUCCCAUCCGCGUGUACACGAGAUAGGGAUGCAGAGGAGCUAACCUCCGCAACCGAUCUCUUUAAGUCCGACAGGAAGGCGUACAUGGAGUGGCUGGAUACCAAGCCGGAGAGGUCAGUGGUGUACGUGUCGUUCGGAAGCCUGAUCACCCCGAGGAAAAAGCAACUAGAGGAGAUCUCAUUGGGAUUGAAGGAGUGCGGGAGGCCGUAUCUAUUGGUGGUGAGGAAGGACAAUCCAAGGGAAGGGGUUGAGCUGGUGGACGGGGAAAACGGAAUGGUGGUUGAGUGGUGCUCACAGACGAGGGUUCUCUCGCACCCAUCAGUGGGAUGCUUCGUGACUCACUGCGGGUGGAACUCGUCCUUGGAGAGCUUGGCAUAUGGGGUGCCGACUGUAGCGGUGCCGCAGAUGUGGGACCAAAGGAUGAACGCGUGCAUGGCGGAGGAGGCGUGGGGGACGGGUAUAAGGGGAGAGCUUAACGAGGAGGGGGUCUUGGAGGCGAGCGAGUUUCGGCGGUGUUUGGAGGUGGUAAUGGGGGAAGGGGAGUUGGGAGUGGAGAUCAGGAGGCAAGCAGAGGUAUGGAGGGACAACGCAAGAGAGGCCAUGGGAGACGGAGGGUCAUCGGAUCGCAAUCUCAGAGCUUUUGUGGAGGAGGUCAUGAGAAAAGCUACUGAAUGAAGGCGGCAACGGGAGAGAGAUGUCGGGACCAACGACGGUAUUGUAGUGUUAUUUAAUUGCAUUGUAUGGUAAAUCUGAUUCCGAGAUCACUGAAAAAUGCUAUGCCAAAUUAAGCCACGUAGUCAGCUUUUGUGUGGGUUAUUACCGGUGUUAUCCAAUGGUACACGUGGUACUGCAAUGAUGCUGUCAAGAUCUUGAAAAUUUUAUAUAAAUUCCUCUGUUCUUAGUUUCUUCUUCU